AUGAAGAAAGUCAACUUUGUGUCUGCUGAAGAGAUGGAACCAGUCCAAGAAGGGGAGGAUACACAAUUUGCUGAGGUGUGCUACAUGAGCAAUGGGCAAGGAGGUUACAACAAAGGAUACUAUAAUUACAAGUCCAACCCAGCCAUGUCAUACCGAAACACUGAUGUUGCUAACCCUCAGGACCAGGUCUAUCCUCAACAACAAGCAGCUCGAUCGAGUCAAGCCCACAACAUGGGUAUGGUCAAAAGAACAAUUACCAAGGACCCCAAGGGACUUUUCCUGGUCAGCAAAUGA